AAACGUGACGGAAGGAGAGAGAGAAUCAUUUACCAACCAAGAAAAAAGACAUGUCCGAAAACAUCCUAUUGGAAUGUGCCACUGGGAGCCAGGCUACAGAUCAGGUAACGAUGAAGUUCCAAGACACUAUUUUUUCCUCAGAUGAAGAUAGCAGUCUGUAUUUCACGUACAGUGGUGAAUCAAACGUUCUACAGGUCAAUGAACUCAACUAUCAGGUUAAUGUGGCAGCUCAGAUUCCCUGGUAUGAGAACAUAGCAGAAUUGAAAAUGCCUUGGACAUGGAGCAGAGGCCCAGAUUCUCAUGUGUCAGCAAUCCAGAAUCUGAAUUUUAAAGUUCAAAGCGGUCAGAUGCUAGCUAUUAUAGGAAGCUCUGCCUGUGGAAAGACAUCUUUACUUGAUGUGAUAACCUGCAGGGAUCAUGGAGGGAAGAUUCAGUCUGGCCAAAUCAUAAUCAAUGGAAAGCCCAGUACUCACCAGCUUGUUAAGAAAUGCGUUGCACACGUGCGACAGGAUGAUCGACUGCUUCCCAACCUGACUGUCAGAGAAACGUUGUUAUUUGUUGCAAAACUACGUCUUCCAAGGUUUUUUUCAGAUUCACAAAGGGAAAAAAGGGUAGAAGAUGUUAUAGCAGAACUGCGGUUACGACAGUGUGCAAACACCAGAGUAGGGAACGAGUACAUUCGUGGCGUUUCAGGAGGAGAGAGGCGAAGAGUAAGCAUUGGAGUGCAGUUGCUAUGGAAUCCUGGAAUACUAAUUCUUGAUGAACCUACAUCUGGACUAGACAGUUUUACCGCACAUAACCUUGUGGUAACGCUCUCCAGACUAGCAAGAGGAAACAGAUUAGUUCUUCUUUCAAUUCAUCAGCCUCGAUCAGACAUCUUCCAGCUCUUUGACUUAGUCCUUCUGAUGACUUCUGGAGUCACCAUCUACUCUGGAACGGCCAGAGACAUGGUCCAAUAUUUUACAGAAUUGGGUUAUCCCUGCCCAAAAUACAGCAACCCUGCAGAUUUUUAUGUUGAUUUGACCAGCAUUGAUAGGCAGACCAAAGAAAAAGAGAUGGAAAGUCAGAAAAGGGCAAGGAUGUUUGCUGCCUUGUUCCAGGAAAAGGUCAAAGAUUCUGAUGACUUCUUAUGGAAAUCAAAUGAAAGAGAAAUUACAACUACUGCUUCCAGUGAACAAUGUUCCCAUUUCCAGUCAGAGGAGCUGAUUAACAUGCAUUCCCAUUCAACUAACCAGUUACCAGGGAACAUCAAGCUGUUCACUGUAUUACUGAGUCGUCAAGUCUCCAAUGAUUUCAGAGAUAUUUCAACAUUGUUAAUCCAUGGGUGUGAGGCCCUUCUCAUGUCAUUAUUAAUUGGAUUCUUGUUCUAUGGUCACGAGAAAAACAAUCUUUCUAUUCAGGACACAACAGCUCUCUUGUACAUGAUGGGUGCAAUAACUCCUUUUGCAGUGAUUUUUGAUGUUAUUGCAAAAUGUCAUUCAGAAAAAGCUAUGCUUUAUCAUGAUUUAGAAGAUGGAAUAUACUCUGUCAGUCCAUAUUUCUUUGCUAAGAUUUUGGGUGAACUUCCAGAACAUUGCGUUUUUGUAAUAAUCUAUGGGGUUCCCAUCUACUGGUUGGCAAAUCUCAGUCCUGUGCCAGAACAUUUCCUUCUGAACCUCUUGUCAGUCUGGCUGGUGGUUUAUUGUGCUCGAGGAAUGGCGCUUUGGGUGUCAGCUCUGCUGCCAACCUUACAGCUCUCGGCCUUCUUAGGCAAUUCGCUUUUCAUAACAUUUUUCCUGAGUGGUGGUUUUGUGAUAAGCUUAGAAAACCUGUGGACAGUUCCAUCAUGGUUUUCUAAAAUAUCUUUUCUCAGAUGGAAUUUUCAAAGCCUGAUGCAACUUCAGUUCACAGGACUCACGUACCACAUGACAGUUGGCAAUGUUACCUUUCAAAUUCCAGGGAAACUUGUAAUCCAGGCUCUGGAUCUGGAUUCUCAUCCUCUCUACACAAGCUACCUCAUCCUUGCUGGUCUCAGUACUGGUUUCAUGCUGCUGUACUAUGUGUGUCUGCGGUUUAUCAAGCAGAAAUCCAAUCAAGACUGGUAAUCGUUUAAAAUGCAGAAAAAUGCUACUGUUUGUGGGAUGUCAGGUUACAAUGUUCCUAAUAUCAAACACCAGCCCCUUUUCCACCACAAAAGUGACCCUACCUUAAUGGUGUGUCACCUUCACAGAUUUUAUUAAUGUUCUGUCACAAAGAUCUACAAUCAUAAUGCAAUGAUUUCUGUAAGCCACAGGAUGGCAGCAGAAUACAGGUAGUUGAAAACCGACUUCAUGAUUUGUGACUCAAAUAGUAAUGUUGCAGAUAAAGAUAAACUAUGUACUAAAAUGAGCCUUCAGCAUUUGUUAUUUGUUCUGACACACAGUUACGUGGGUGACAAGUCACAUGCCUGUGGUUUACUGGAUUAUUCUGUGCCAAAUGCCCAGCUGGUGCAAUCAGUGUAAACCCUUCUAAAUCAAUGGAUUUACUCCACUUUACCCCAGCUGACGAUCUGGCCUAUCAUUUCUGAAUGAAUUUUUCUGCAUACACUUACCUAGGAUGUCUGGAAAAAGUAAGCUAAUAAUAUAAUGAAAACAAUCAAGGUUUUCAGCAUCAUAAACAUCAUAGUGUUUUGCAAACAAAAUACACUGCAGAUAAACCCACACCAUUUCUUCGUUCACAGUAAAAGUGCAGCCAGAUGAGGAGGGUAACUCUGUAGCAACAUAAACAAAGCAUUCUUACACAGUGCUUUAAAACAGGAGGUGAAGACUAUAUGAUUUCAGGCAGAAUUUUAUGCAGGCAGAAGGUAAUGAUCCAAACAACUGAGUUAGAAAACUCUAGUAAUAAGCAAUUAAAAUGACUCAGAAUACCGCGAUAUAAAGGUUCCGCACCUGUCUGUUGUCUACCCGUUGUUGAUGCAUAGAAUAUGCAUUUGGUGACUGUAAGAAUGAUUUUCUGUUCCAGAUCAACAUAUUAUCCUUCUGCUGUUUGUUUCUGAAAAUAGUAAUAAAAAUUUGCUAUGAAAACAGA